AUGCCGCUCUUCGGAAAAGCCAAAGACCAAGCGGCAAACAACAAGACCGAAAAUGAUGUCCGACACGUAAGCCCUAUCAGUGUAGAAGACAAAUAUGAGCUAAAAGACCUUCUUGGAACUGGUGCUUUCUCACAAGUUUACCUGGCUCAGAACCGUGAAAAUAUAAUUCAAAUGGUAGCAGUGAAGUGCAUCGAUAAGAAGGCACUCAAGGGAAAAGAGGACUCCCUGGACAAUGAAAUCAAUGUUUUGCGAAAACUGAAGCACCCGAACAUCGUUCGAUUAGUGGAAACAUUUGAGGAUCGCAAUAAAGUGUACCUCGUCAUGGAGCUCGUCACUGGUGGAGAGCUGUUUGAUCGAAUUGUAGAGAAAGGCAGUUACACUGAAAAGGAUGCGAGCUACUUAAUCAAACAAAUUUUGGAGGCGGUAGACUACAUGCACUCACAAGGAGUAGUCCACAGAGAUCUCAAGCCUGAGAACUUGCUCUACUAUUCCGCUGACGAAGAAUCAAAAAUAAUGAUUAGUGAUUUUGGGCUUUCAAAAAUGGAAGAUUCGGGUAUAAUGGCAACCGCUUGUGGAACGCCUGGCUAUGUUGCUCCAGAGGUACUGGCUCAGAAACCUUACGGAAAGUCAGUAGACGUGUGGAGUGUAGGGGUCAUCGCUUACAUUUUACUAUGCGGAUAUCCACCGUUUUACGAUGAAAAUGACGCAAAUCUUUUUGCGCAAAUUCUCAAAGGAGAUUUCGAGUUUGACAGUCCGUACUGGGAUGAAAUAUCCGAUUCUGCAAAAGACUUUAUUCGCCACCUUAUUUGCGUGGAUGUGGAGAAGCGAUUCACGUGUAGAGACGCUCUCAAUCAUCCUUGGAUAUCUGGCAAUACUGCCAAUGAAAUUAACAUUCACAGCUCUGUCAGUGAGCAAUUGAAGAAGAACUUUGCGAAAACAAAGUGGAAACAAGCCUACAACGCCACAGCAGUCAUUCGACAGAUGCGAAAGUUGGCCAUGUGCAAUUCGAACAACUCUACACACGAAGAACCUCCCUCACUCUACAACAAGUACAAAGAUCAGGGGAGCACUUCAUCAGACCAAAUGGCCAAUCAAAUUUUUGAACUAAACAAAUAG